CGAACAGUAAGAUUCACUUCCUGCAACACCAUGACAACAAGAUGUUUAUGCCAGAUCCUUUCUGCGUUUCUCUCUCUUAUGCCAGUUAUGUGGUUUUAAAUAUCAAUAUAUUGAAUUAUAUAGGAUAAAAUAAGAACUUCAUUAUAACACUAAGUCAAUGAAGUGUUGUUUAUUUCAGUUAAAGAAGUUAGCUAGGAUUUUAGCCGGUUGCCUCGCAUACUGUAGCUCUGCCUAGUUGUGAUCCUAAAGUCUUGGAAAAUGCUGAAAGUUAAAAAUACAAAGGUGAAAAUCCUUGUAAUUGGACCAAGUGAGUGUGGGAAGACAAUAUUGGCGAAUUUUCUCUCGGAUACAGUGGAGACAAUCGGAUCAGAAUACAGCCCGACACAGGGAGUCAGGAUACUGGAGUUUGAGUCUCAGAAUUUAGGCAGUGGGAGCAAAGACAGUGCCUGUGAAGUGGAGCUAUGGGAUUGUGCUGGAGAUUUCAAGUUUGAAGCAUGCUGGCUAGCUUUAAUGAAAGACUCUAAUGGAGUAGUCAUUGUAUUUAACCCUGACAUUCCAAGUCACCUUAAGGAAGUCGAGACCUGGCACUCGACAUUUAUCUCGUCUCAAAGCCUACAGGCAGGACAGUGUCUGCUCAUAGCACACCACAAGCCUGGUAGUGGAGCGGAUAUGUCACGCCCUCAAUUAGCUCCUCAAUUGAACAAGCUGCCUCUCAUUCAUUCCAACCUAGAGGAAGAUCCUGAAGGGGUGCGUCAGGAGUUCUGUACAUAUCUAGGCAACGUCGUGCAGAGCUUGUCAGAAAGUUGGGAGCGUGUGGAAAUGUCCAUUAUAGCGUAAACAUCACUUUUAGUAACAUGAAAUAGAAUUUAUCAAAUAAAUUGGAUUUUUUUUUAAUCCUGA